GAGACGUAACCGCCGCAAUAAAUGAGAUUUGACUUCCGCACCGCGUCUGAUUCAAAAGCACCAUGGCUUCUGGUCUAGGACAGAUGUUGUUUCUGCUUUUGACCCUUCCAACGAUCACGCUUUCCGCAAAUCCCACUUUCACCGUGGAUUACAAUCACAACUGCUUCCUUAAAGAUGGAGAGCCGUUCCGCUACAUAUCCGGCAGCAUCCACUACAGCAGGAUUCCCAAAGUCUACUGGAAGGACCGGCUGCUGAAGAUGUACAUGGCUGGAUUGAACGCCAUCCAGAUAUAUGUGCCGUGGAACUUCCAUGAGCCGAUUCCUGGUCGUUACGACUUCAGCGGAGAUCGGGAUCUUGAACAAUUCCUGCAGCUGUGUCAGGACAUCGGCCUGCUGGUCAUUAUGAGACCAGGUCCAUACAUCUGUGCAGAGUGGGACAUGGGUGGCUUGCCUGCCUGGUUGUUGAAAAAGAAAGAUAUUGUCCUAAGAUCGUCUGAUCCAGAUUACCUGUCAGCAGUGGAUAAGUGGAUGGGGACGUUGUUGCCAAAAUUAAAGCGUUACUUGUACCAGAAUGGAGGACCAAUCAUUACUGUGCAGGUAGAGAAUGAAUAUGGCAGUUACUUUACCUGUGAUUAUAACUACAUGCGGCAUCUGGCCAAGCUGUUUCGGUCUUAUCUGGGGAACGAUGUGGUGCUUUUUACCACUGAUGGGGCAGGUGUGAGUUAUCUGAAGUGUGGGUCCAUUCAGAGCGUUUACGCCACUGUUGACUUUGGCCCAGGUGCCAAUGUAACCGCUGCCUUUGAGGCACAGAGACACGCAGAGCCACGCGGCCCUUUGGUAAACUCAGAAUUUUACACGGGCUGGUUGGACCAUUGGGGUGCUAAACACUCAGUUGUGUCCACACGGGCUGUGGUCAGGACCCUGAAUGAAAUUCUGGAAAUAGGAGCCAAUGUCAACUUAUACAUGUUCAUCGGUGGAACUAACUUUGGUUAUUGGAAUGGUGCCAACUCGCCCUAUGCUCCUCAACCAACCAGCUAUGACUAUGACGCUCCGCUAACAGAAGCCGGAGAUCUCACGGAGAAGUACUUCGCUAUAAGAGAUGUCAUCAAAAUGUACAGAAAGAUACCAGAAGGCCUGGUGCCUCCAUCAACACCUAAAUUGGCAUAUGGACCAGUGCAAAUGAGGAGGUUGCAGGCGGUGUCAGAGUCUUUGGAUGUGCUAUCUUUCUCUGGUCCAGUCAAAUCCGUUUACCCACUUACAUUUAUUGACAUGAAUCAGGCUUUUGGCUUCAUGCUGUAUCAGACCAUGUUACCUGUGGACUGUUUGAAGCCCACCUCGCUGUCAUCUCCUCUCAAUGGGGUUCACGAUCGGGCAUAUGUAUCUAUUGAUGGGAUUGCUGCUGGUAUUUUGGAAAGGAACAAGGUGAUGGCAAUCAAUGUAACGGGAAAAGCCGGGAGUCGUGUGGAUGUGCUGGUAGAGAACAUGGGCAGAAUCAACUACGGCAGAGAAAUCAAUGACUUCAAGGGUCUGGUGUUUAACUUGACUCUUGGAUCUGAUGUACUGGCUAACUGGACCGUGUUUUCUCUGAGUAUAGACGAUGCAGUGAGCCAGGGUCUGCUUCCAUCAUUCAGCCAAUCUUUCUCCAGCUCUUCUGCCCCAUCCAGCUUCACCACGGCCCCUGCUCCAGCUCUCUCACCGCCAGCAUUCUACACUGGCACCUUCAACAUCCCUGAUGGCAUCCCAGACCUGCCGCAGGACACAUACAUUCAGUUUCCCAACUGGAGGAAGGGUCAGGUGUGGAUUAACGGUUUUAAUGUCGGCCGCUACUGGCCGUCCCGUGGGCCACAGGUGACCCUGUUUGUUCCGGCCCACCUGCUCAGCACCUCCAUCCAAAACAACAUAACUGUACUGGAGUUAGAGGCAGCACCCUGUUCACCAGGACCCUGUACAGUGGAGUUUACUGACACUCCCAUCAUAAAUGCCACAGUGAAGUCAGCAGACCAAUACAUGAGACGACCGUUCAACAAACAAGAUCUCCUAUGAGUUUCCCAAACACAUAUCUAACAAUAACUCCUGUUUUUACACAUUUUAAGAAAUUGGAAGAUUGCCACAAUGAGCUACAGAUGAAAGGGAAGUAAUCAACACUGGAAUAUACUGUAUGUUAACUGUGAAUGUACAGUAAUAUAACACUUAGUCUCAAGUUAUAUCUAGUCAUUUGCUUGGGUCAUUAUGUAAUUCGAUUCUGUUCUUUGCACUUUUAUUUGUAUUUUUAAUCGCAGGGAAAGUGUUAUUAGUGUAUUUUAUCAAGUGCCUUUAUUCAGAAUAAGUGACUUGGUUGAACAGCAGGGCUGUUUUAUUUGCACAGUAUGACUAAUGCACUGUAAUAUCACAGUGAUGUUUUAGAUUUAUUGUACUUUAAAAGCCAUCCAGGAAUCCAAUGUUAUAUGUAAAUAAAUCAGUUGCUGUUUUUUUU